AAUCACUUUGUACUUGGAUUUGUACCAUUUGGUGUGUCUUUUAAUGAGUUUAUAAGUCUUUUUGCUGCUGAAAUGAAACUUUUAGAAAGGGAAAAAAUAAUGGAUGUGCAAGGCAAUAAAAGCUUCAUUAUUGCAAGUAUUGGAGAUAUAACUUCUGAUUUGCCACAAGAAAAUGAUUUGGUUGGAGUCAAAAGACAUAACGCUGCAAAGG